AUGGAAGCGAUUAUCAAUCGAAUUCGUUCUACUUUACCAGCAGUUAAUGAUGAUAUUCUGGGUUACAUCACUGACAUUCUGGAAACAAAUAAAUCUGAUUAUAUUGAUUUUCAAGAAGUCGACGAUGCACUCAGACCUAUUUUUGAAGAAGUUGCUCAUAAUGAACGUGAACAAGCAGCAAUCGCUGAUCUCUGCCAAUUCGUUUGUGAUCAAUUGAAAUUAGAAACAUUAUCCAAUGGAAAUGAUUCAACGGAUGAACCAAAAAAACUUUCGACACCAGUUUCCAUCGGUCAUUACUCCGGAAAUAUUUUCGAAGAAGUUUCGUCGGCUUUAUUCAAUGUAGCUGAUCGUUCAUUGAUCAAACCAUUGAACGAAUCUACGACAGUUUCACAGAAAAAACUUGAAAAAGCUGAAGCGAAACUUCGAGAAAAACAAGAAAAACGCGCUCGAGAUGGAGGAACAAAUGGAGAGAACAAAGUACAAGCGAGAUUAGAAGAAGCAGUUGUUAGUCAAGCAACUAAUAAAAAACUACUAACAGAUAGCGAAAAUAGCGACUCAGCAAGCCGAUCAUACGACGUUCAUAUUGAUAAUUUUGAUGUGUCCUACGGAAACAAAAUGUUAAUUCUCGGUGGUACAAUGGAUCUCAUCUAUGGCCGUCGAUAUGGUUUCGUUGGUCGAAAUGGUUUGGGUAAAUCAACGUUACUGCGUGUGAUUGCUAAUCGAAAUCUUGUACUUCCUUCCCAUAUUCGAAUAUUACACGUUGAACAAGAGAUUGAAGGUACUGAUACUCUUGCUCUUCAAAGUGUUCUCGAAUGUGAUGAACGACGAAAUGCAUUGUUGAAUGAAGAAAAAGAAUUAAAUAAAAGAGUACAAACAAGUAGCGGUUCGUCAGCUGCUCAAGAUUCGUUUAUAUCAAAACGUUUGACAGCCAUCUAUGCGGAGUUAGAAGCCAUUGAAGCACAUAAAGCUGAGUCACGAGCAGCUGUAAUCUUGAAUGGUCUCGGAUUUACGUCACAAAUGCAAGCAAUGGCGACUAAAGAGUUCUCUGGCGGUUGGCGAAUGCGUUUAGCCUUGGCACGGGCUCUGUUCUCCAAACCUGAUCUUCUCUUACUCGAUGAACCGACAAAUAUGUUAGAUCUCAAAGCAAUCAUUUGGCUAGAGAAUUAUUUACAAACAUGGAAAAGUACGAUUUUAGUUGUUUCACACGAUCGAACAUUUCUUAAUACUGUUGCAACUGAUAUUCUACAUUUGAAUUCGCAAAAACUCGAUUCUUAUCGCGGCAAUUAUGAUACGUUUGUUUCUGCUCGAACGGAACGUUUGAAAAACCAACAACGAGAAUAUGAAGCACAAAAGGAAUAUCGCGAUCAUAUUCAGGUAUUCAUCGAUCGUUUUCGAUACAAUGCUAAUCGUGCAGCACAAGUACAGAGUAAACUGAAACUCUUAGAAAAAUUGCCGAUUCUUCGACCAGUUGAAAAGGAUCAUGAAGUUCAUUUCCGUUUCCCUGAUCCUGAGCCACUACAUGGUACCAUUAUGCAGUUAGAUGACGUUGCAUUUUCUUAUUCGAAAGAUAGCCGAUUGAUAUUGAAUAACGUCAAUCUUUCAGCUAAUCUUCAAUCACGUAUUUGUAUUAUGGGUGAAAAUGGAUCAGGCAAAACCACUUUGUUGAAACUAUUAGUGGAAGAAUUAGAACCAACGAAAGGACAACGGCAUGGUCAUCGAAAUUUAGUAGUUGGUUACUUUACACAACAUUUUGUCGAUCAAUUGCCAAUGAAUAUCAAUUCGGUGGAAGUUUUGCAAUCGAGAUAUCCCGGUAGAACUAUCGAACAAUAUCGUACCGAACUCGGUCGUUUUGGUAUAACUGGUGACACAGCUCUACAAUCUGUUCUCAGCUUAUCUGGUGGACAAAAAUGUCGGGUUGCAUUCAGUUUGAUGUGUAUGAAAAACCCACACAUUCUCGUACUAGAUGAACCGACCAAUCAUCUCGAUAUGGAAACAAUCGAAGCUUUAGCCGAAGCCAUCAAGAAGUUCCAAGGUGGUGUGGUACUUGUCUCUCACGAUGAAUUGAUGAUCAAACGUGUUUGUACGGAAGCUUGGCUUUGCCGGAAUGGUAGUGUGACUUCACUUGAGUACGGUUUUGAGCAAUAUAAGAAAUUAAUCGAAAGUGAAUUACAAUAUUAA